AGCGGAAGAGGCGGGGAACGCAGCACCAAGGAGUCUCGCCUCCUACGGUGCGACAGAGGGAACAAGAUGGCUGCCGCACAGGAGGACUGUGGGGUCGGGGCUGACGCGGAUCAGGAAUUGGAAGAGCUUUUGGAAAGUGCUCUUGAUGAUUUCGAUAAAGCCAGACCCUCCCCAGCACCCCCUCCUACCACCACGGCCCCUGAUGCUUCAGGGCCCCAGAAGAGAUCGCCAGGAGACACUGCCAAAGAUGCCCUCUUCGCCUCCCAAGAGAAGUUUUUCCAGGAACUGUUUGAUAGUGAGCUGGCUUCCCAAGCCACUGCAGAGUUCGAGAAUGCAAUGAAGGAGUUGGCUGAGGAAGAGCCCCACCUGGUGGAGCAGUUUCAAAAGCUCUCAGAGGCUGCUGGAAGAGUGGGUAGUGAUGCGACUUCCCCAGAAUUCACUUCUUGCCUAAAGGAGACACUAAGUGGACUAGCCAAAAAUGCCACUGACCUGCAGAACUCAGGCAUGUCAGAAGAGGAGCUAACCAAGGCCAUAGAAGGGCUGGGCAUGGAUGAAGGGGAUGGAGAAGGAAACAUCCUCCCUAUCAUGCAGAGUAUCAUGCAGAACCUACUGUCCAAGGAUGUGCUGUACCCAUCACUGAAGGAGAUCACAGAAAAGUAUCCAGAAUGGUUACAGAGUCACCGGGAAUCUCCUCCACAACAAUUUGAAAAAUAUCAAGAACAACACAGUGUCAUGGGCAAGAUAUAGCAGUUUGAGGCAGAGACCCCCACAGACAAUGAGGCCACCCAGAAAGCUCGUUUUGAGGUGGUGCUGGAUCUAAUGCAGCAGCUACAAGAUUGGGCCAUCCUCCAAAAGAACUGGCUGGGGAGAUGCCUCCUGGCCUUCAACUUUGACCUGGAUGCCCUCAAUCUAUCAGGCCCCACCAGGUGCCAGUGGCGAACAGUGUCUGAUCAUGUGAAACACAACCGUUUCCUCCCUGAUUCCCAGCCAUGGGGAAUGUCUGGAGUCAGCAGAACCACUGGGAGCUGAGGCAGGAAUUGUUUGCCUGUGGGAGUGGUCUGCCCGCUGCCCUGUCAUCCCAUCCCAAGAUGGUGCCAAUACCAACUGAUGUUUUUUCCCUGUCCUUUCUAGGAAUAAGACCUGUUCUGCGGGGCCAUUUCUGUGAGCCCUUUUGAUUGUGGUUUCUGCUGCUAGCAAAGGCACAGAUACCUACCUACCAAGUGAAGGAAGGCUUCCCUUUUAGGAAGCGUGCAUCUUCUUCCUCCUCCCAAAAUAAGGUUACAUUUGCCCACAUUGAUGUUCACCUUUGUACCCAGGGUCUUCGUGCCUUGUCUCCACUCCCUUCUCUGGGGCCUGAGGAGCAGGGACAGAGUCUUGGGACUCUAUUCCUGUAGUCUCUUGGACAGGUCAUUUGGAAAUGAAUGGGGAGUAACCUUGCCUCGGCUGGAGCUAUAGGUCUGUCACCAUACCCUCUUGCCUUCAGACAGACCUUUUUGAAUUCUCUAAGGGGAAAGGCAGUGCAGGCUUUUGCAUCUAAUGACAGUAGGGUUGAAAGACAAGUCCUGGGAUUCUCCUCUCCCGAAGUGCUGAGUCCUCAACUUCCUGUUGCAGCCUGAGAACUCAAGUUGCUGCCCUGGUUCUUUCCAUAAUGCUAUGUGAUCUGGAUGAAUCCAGCCCUUGACCUUCCUUUGCCUUUCUUAUCUCCCCUCACUCAAAAAUACUGAUUUAUUUUGACCUUUCUCCAAGCCCAAACUGACAAAGAAGGGCCGAUCCUGUUUCCUCUCAUCUAGUCCAUCUACUGUUUUCACUGGCCCCUUCUCUCCCUGGUAAACGCAAUAUAAUUAUAAUGUCAGAUAUAGGAAGUGAGUGACUGUUCUUCCCCAGAUACAUUUGGGCUUAUUUGAAACAACUACUUUGAAUCCUGUCCUUGAUUCAGGGAGGUGGUUUGGGAAAGCGUGGGGUGUGGCUUAGGUCCUUUUUCCAGACUAAUAAAUAUUUUGAGUGAGGAGUGUGGCCUGUUUUUCAUCCAGGUCUUUUUCUGAUCUUCCUCAACUUCUGUCAGCUGAAUAAAAUUAUUCAGCUGCUGAAUAAUUUUAGCAGACUAGUCCUGCAUAACAUUGCACUGAUGUGCUCCACCACCACCCCUCUUCCCCAGCUCAAUUUGUACUUCAUUUGGCAAAGGAGACUGAUGACCUUUCCUCAUUUCCUCUGAGUACUUCAAUCUGGGAAGCCCUUUCAUUUGUAUUGAUUUUAAUAUUUCACAUUUUUAUUAAUGUUAAUAAUAUUUUGUUGAUACGUUUUCUAAAUUAUUUGAGCUGAUCUUGUCCUUCUCUAUGAGAGCUAGUGGAUUUGUGGGCCUUGGCUGCCAUAUGUUGAUGGAUACUGUGUCAGACCAGCUGGCUGUCCUGGUUCAGCACUCAGAAAAUAACUACUAAAGCAAAUUCACUUUCAGCUCCUGACAUGUCACUUUCCCCUGGGGUAAGCCUUUUCAGCCCAUAAGAUCUCACAUGUUCUGUGGUAUUGGCAAGGGAGGUAGUAUUCCUGAGGCCCCAGGCUUUUGGGGAUAGUCUAGCUUCUGUUCCUUAUCAGAGUAUGGAAGAGCCCAGGUCCGAAUCUGAGACUCCUACUCUGUAAGAGAAGGGGAAAGGGUAGACAGACUUGUGAUGAUGGUUAUUGACCUAAAUGGCCAGAAUACUCCCUUUUUUAGCUCCUGCCAAAAACCAGAUAAGGAUGGAGAGGGAGGAGAGAAGACCACAGGGCCCUGCCCCUUGAACUGUGUACCUACUGUACUGCCAAUUUUCUUUAUAAAUUCUCACCUUUUGCUGGAUUGGCCAGGGCUUACUCCAGGAAUCUAAACAGAUGCUGUAGUCCAGUGGUCCCCAACCUUUUUGGCACCAGGGACCAAUUUUGUGGAAGACUAUUUUUCCAUGGACUGGGGUGGAGAGAAUAGUUUUGAGAUGAUUCAAGUGUAUUACAUUCCAGAUCACCUCCUGCUAUGUGGCCUGCUUCCUAACAGGGUCCAUGGCCCAGGGGUUGGGGACCCCUGCCCUAGUCUACUUUAGUUUUGUUCCCAAGCCACUUAAUUUUAAUUUUGAUUGAAUGUGAACAAACUAACUUUGUGUUCUAAAAACACUACUUGAAUUAUUCUAAGACUUGUAGAAGGAUAGUGCAGUCUUUCUCAGACUGGUAAAGGACCAGGUUUUUUGUUUUAUAAAUAUCCAGUGCUUUGUACCACUAAUAUGUGUUCCUGUUGCCUGUGACGAGUGUGCAGUUCACACUGAAUGCUCCCACCACGCAAAUUGGACAGUAGUCAAACUGAUCAGGAUAAGUCCAUUGAUCAUGCACUUUAAUAUCAUGACUGUCAAAAUGCUGGAAAGUUUCUGAACACCCCAAAUAUAUGGUAAAAAAAAAAA